CAGGAUCCCACUCUGCUCUCCGCUGACCAUGAAUAUCACUUUCAUCUUGACUUGUCUCCUCUGAGUCACUCACACAGAGUUGCUUUUCAAGGGGUCAAGCGAAAAGCCUGCUUUACAGAGAGAAGGACCCAGCCUCCCAUCUUCUGGAUAUCGUACAUUGUCAGGACGUACAAAAAAACAUACACAUCACAGUCCGUGUUGAUAUAUAUUUGCCUUUUAAAAGACACAACGGGGCUAUUUCUUUCACCUGAAAACAUAACAUGGGGAACGCCAAGAGCAGCGCCGUCUCCAAGGAGAUCCUGGAAGACCUGAAGCUCAGCACCAAGUUCACUGAGACGGAGAUCACCCAGUGGUACGAGAGCUUCCAGAAGUCGUGUCCCUCUGGACGUAUCACGCCCAAGGAGUUCGAGGUCAUCUACAGCCGCUUCUUCCCCGAGAGCAACGCCCAGACGUACGCGCAGCACGUCUUCCGUUCCUUCGACACCAACGACGACGGCACUCUGGACUUCAAGGAGUACAUAAUUGCGCUGCACCUGACGUCCACGGGCAAGACCACCAGAAAGCUGGAGUGGGCCUUCUCCCUGUUCGACGUGGACAAGAACGGAUACAUCACCAAGUCGGAAGUGACCGAGAUCUGCAGCGCUAUUUUCAAGCUAAUUCCCAAGGAUGAACAAGCUGAGCUGCCCAAUGACGAGAACACACCGGAGAAGAGGGCCAACAAACUCUGGACAUUCUUUGAGAAAGAAGACAAUGAGCGAGUUGCAGAAGGAGAGUUCAUCAAGGGUGUGAUGGACAAUGAGGAUGCGCUUCGCCUCAUUCAAUAUGAACCUGCCAACAAGUAACCCUCUGCUAAUAAAGUCCUAUGGUCAUAGGACAUGACCGUAAGAGUUGACCAUAGGAGUUGACAAGACAGCACAAACAGAUCUGGGAUCAGGCUCCUACAUUCCACAUUCCCAACCUCUAUCCUCAACUUACCCAUCAUAAUGCAGAAAGUAUUUCGUUUUAAUCCCAGUCUAACUUCAAUGUUUAUCGGACUUCGGUUCAAAUAGUAUAUGUUUUCCUCCAAAUACUUUAGCUGUGUGUGAUUGUAAAAAUAUACCAUGAACCCGCAACCCUGGCGUUGCAAGCACUAUGCUCUACCAACUGAGCUACACGGGACAUUACUUUUUACUAUAGACUGUAUACUGGUAUUGUUCUUACAAUAUACUGUAUGCUGGUACUGUUUUUACUGUAUACUGGUACUGUUUUUACGAUAUACUGUAUACUGGUAUUGUUUUUACUAUAUACUGUAUACUGCUAUUGUUUUUACUAUAUACUGGUAUUGUUUUUACUAUAUACUGUAUAUUUUUGGGACUUGAUAUUUAGCUUUGGAAUGUUUUGAGAAAGGGUAAAGAGUAUUAAGAGCUGGUAAGAGGGGUUUAGAAAAUGAAAGCAAGCAAUGAGUAAUCUGUUGAUAAUACUUCAUACCAGACGUGCUACUCAUUAGCUAAUCAUUUGUUAAAUAUUUUGAUAUGUGUACCAAUAAAGCAAUAAUAAAGCAAUAAUAGCAAAGGUAGUGCAAACUUAGGAUAAUGUUUUAGGACCUUUUAGAGAUUGUGUUUAAAAUGUAACUUGGUCCGUGUUGACAUAAAGACCUUGAUCUUGAUACCGACAGACACAAUCUAAUAUAAAGGUCAAGGGCUAAAUACUGUAGACUCACACAAUGCCAACUACGAUACAAUUCUUUAUGGCAUUUACCUCAUGAAAUCUCCUCUUUUCGAAGUAAACAUUUUAAAACACUU